UCUGUCUGUCCAUACUGUAUCCUAUAUUUUGACCUGACUUCUUACUUUUUUCCGACUUUUUGUGAUGACGUCAUGUCGAUCAUAUAUAUAUAACAUUCACGAUUCAAGAUUUGUAUUCGUCACAUAUAAAUGAACAUGACUGAUUCUUUGUUGUGUACAUGUAUGUCUGUCUAUCCAGUAUGUGUGUGUUACGUGUGUGUGUAAGGUGAGUUUGACGGGACGUACGCAGCGCGUUCAUUGUUAGUUCUGGUAUGACUCAAGACACGCAGAAAACCCGUUUGUUUGUGAGCUCUUCUCCCAGACCUAAUCCCGUGAAAGGACUGUUAACAAGUAGCUGCUGCACUAUCAGACAAGAAACUCUAAAUCAAUCGUCCAACUAACUCAUCAAAAUGUAAGCACCUCGAGGAGUCAGCCAAACGCGUUUAUUCCCAUCAGUCUCCAGCGCGCACUCAACUCGAUCUCCAGUCAGAAGCCCGGAGAGAGAAAAACGUGGAUCUUACUAGUUUAAAAAAGGGUGAAAACAAUACGGGACAAUGCUGAGAUCUUUCUUGCUUCUUGUUUCUCCUCUGCUGAUGUCUUUCUGCGACGGAGUGUGUUUCAUGUGUCCGGAGAUCUGCCGCUGUUCUCAGAAGAGCAUCACCUGUAACAGCGCGACGGAGAGCCUGAAGAGCAGGACUCACAGCAGACUAGUUUUAAACUACAUCUCACUGAAAAUCAUCAGCACUCACAGUUUUGAUGGCCUAAAGGGAGUGAAAAGAAUAGAAAUCGCCCAGAGCACAUCAGUGGAAACCAUAGAGAAGGAAGCAUUUAACAAUCUUCUGAAUGUCUCAGAUAUCUCAAUCCAGAACACACGGAGCCUCGUUCACAUUCACAAAUGGGCGUUCAACCAUCUUCCCAAUCUCAAAUAUCUGAGUAUUUCCAACACUGGCAUUGGUGUAUUCCCUGACCUGACCUCCAUCUUCUCCCUGGAGUCUGAUUUCAUUCUGGAAAUUUGUGAUAAUCUCAACCUGCGUUCAAUCCCAACAAAUGCUUUCAUCGGAAUGACGAGUGAAAUCACCACAAUGCAAGUAUCUCACAAUUGGAUUCAGGGCUGUAACCUCCAUGGAUCAGGAAUACUAAGAAUUAUUAUUGAUAUUUCAAUAAUUAUAGAAUACAUUCACUAG